UCGGGUGGAGAUGGUGGCGACGGGGCUGCCGCCUGGUCGCAGCCAGCGCUUCCGAGAUGCUGCUUACCUUGAAGGGCCGAGAGGUCUGCAACUAAGGAGGAAGAAGGGCAGCGCUCCGGCGAAGAAAGCAGCAGAGCUCUCGGAGCUUGCCCUUGGCCUUGUGCCCCUGGCCGAAGUUCGGUCCAAAGCUUUGCCGACCAAGACCUUCAAGUUCACUGUGGACUGCCAACAGCCUGCAGAAGAUACCAUUAUCGAGCCCAAGGAUGACUUCGAGAAGUUUUUGACGAACAAAAUCAAGGUAGAUGGGAAAACCGGCAAUCUCGGCGAGAAGGUCAGCAUCCGGAGGGAAAAGGCGAAGGUCCACGUUACCGCGGAGGCCCCGUUCUCAAAGCGGUACUUGAAAUACUUGGGCAAGAAGUAUCUCAAGGCGCAACAGCUGCGCGACUUCCUGCGUAUCGUGGCCCCGUCAAGAUACUUCAACAUCAAUGAUGACAAGAAUGAGGAGGACUAG